AUGACAGUCACUGCUGCUCCUGAUCCAGUCCACUCAGAGUGCUCCGUGCAUCUGACUGUAACAGGAAAGGGCCGAGAACGCUGCAUUUGUGAGUACAGUCAGAUAAAGCACAGCUCAGGGGACCUGGAUCACCUGUACCUGAUGUAGCUUCUCUUUUACUGAUUCAGUCUUAUCUCUUUAAUGACCGCGUGUUACCUCAUGUCUGGUGAUGCUAUGGCGCUUUAAGGGAAUCAAAGAAUGGGAAACAUUUGGAUUUUAAUAAAUCAUCAGUCUGUGUGGACUGCACCUCAAUAGUCAGGAUAAUUUACUUUUUAUUUGUACUUAGAGCCCUGCUGGAAGUAUAACUAAUAAACAAAUACUCUGUCAGUGUGCUGUUGUGUUUUUGUAUUCUACCUUGAGGAGGGCUCUCAAUACUUGACUUACAAUAAUAAUCAGAAGAUAUGAAACUUUAAAGGGACUCAUUGGUCUAACAGGCUGCAGACUCCAGAGGUGGGAGGCGAGUGUCUGUGUAGGUGUGUGUGUUGGGUAGGGGGAGUGUCACUGAAUGAAGGGAUAAACGGAGUUUGUUUUGGAUGGGGGACAGCCAGGGGGAGCGCAGCAGUGGGAGCAGAGGCCGUGAGAGAGUCAGUGGACAGUAACUGGACCGAACCACGACGGAACCACGGUAAGACUGCCCGUAACGGACCUUUAAAGCUGCUCAUUAUCAAGUAGAGAUAAUUAUAAUAGUAAUAAUGAUAAUCAUUUACUCUUAUUCAGAUGUUUGCAAAAGUCCCAGAUUUAAAAUGUGAAUUUUAAUAACACAUUUUCUGUUAUUCAAUCAUUUGGCAACGCUUUGUGUUUUAGGGUUUUCUUGUGUGUAAGAGGAGAAAAUAACAUUUAAAGAAGAUUUCAAAAAUGACUUGAAAGUCUCCUUUAUGUUAGUCUGUCCACUUUUAACGAACUGGAUAACAAAGUGGGUCUUUUUCACUCUCUAAAAGCUGAUUUGAUUCACGAUUAUGUAACAGGAGAGUAGCCUAUUAGCUACUGAUAAAAUGGAAGACUCGUCAAUAUAAAUAAAGAAAAAUAGAAAAAAAAAAUAAAAGUAAUUCCGAGAAGGUCUCCUGGAGGGGUUCUGUCUGUCUUUUUCCAAAUGAGUGGUAUUUUUUCAGGAGGAAACGCUUUUUGGCACAGCACCGGUGACGACAGACACUGUGCGUCUUUGUGCGCCGCGGCGCGGCAGCUCCUCUGCGGUCUGGACUGUUGAUCCCCAGGGGGACGCGGACAAACAGUCCGGUCGGAGGAAAUUCCUCCGUCUCUAGUUUCUCGGCCCCUCUCUCUGUUCAUGGGGGUCUAGGAAACAAAACUUGGUGUGAUGAUACAUGUCUUAAAACAUGCUUAACUUUGAUGCAACCUCGAGGCGGUCUUCUAGGCCUGGGCUGCAUCCAGAAGGACUGGAUUUCAUGUCUUUUAUUGGCAUUGCUUACUGACACGGGUUGGUGCCUCAGUUUUGAUAGGGGUUAACAGACAUGAUGGGACCAUCUCACCGUAUCAACUUUUAGAGACUACGAAUUUCAGAAUGUGGAGCGUGGGGCUUUUCAUGUCCAUUCCUGUGGAUCAAGACUGUUGAUCCGACAUGGGAAUGUGGAUUUAAGGCAUACCAGUGAAGACUAUGGCAGCCCAAUCCGGCCAGAACGACACUAAUCCCCAAAAAGUACAGAAUAAUGGAGAUAUUUCUCAUCCAGCCCAGCAUUAGCAGAAUGAGGCAAGAAUAAUCCAUACUUCUUGGGUAGAUUUUCAGAUAAGAUUAUCAAUGUUUGGCCUGUGGUUACUUAACAGACCACAGUCCUGCUGUACAACAUCCUGCAGCUCUAUAAGACAAAUAAAACUGUUCCCGCAAAGGAUGCUGAAGUAAGGGGCUUCCAAGGGAGAAAAAGAUUGUUUUUUCCUUCAAAAUCAGGUUGGAGCAGGUCCUGAUCAUUGUAUCUCAUCUUAUCUGAUCUGUUAUCACUUAAGAGAUUUGCAAUUUUAGAUAGAUAGAUAGAUAGAUAGAUAGAUAGAUAGAUAGAUAGAUAGAUAGAUAGAUAGAUAGAUAGAUAAAGGGAAAUCCCUCUGCUGUUUUUCUCUGUCUGAACUAGAUCAUCACAAAGAGGCUUAAAAGUCUGUAAAAUUCAGUUUUAGAUGUGUGAACUAGUAGAGUCUUCUGUUUGUGACAGCUGUUUUUUUUAUGUCAUAAUGCAAAAAAAGUUUGGUUUUUUUGCAAGAAGAUGCCAAAUUUGUUGUUUUUGAAAAUUAUUAUCAAAUUAUUUCAUAGUUAUAUGGGAAAAUCUGGGUCAAAAUAUUCAAAUGGUUUAGACAACUGGUUUAGUGUCCAGCUUUAGUAUACAUCUUCAUCAAAACAAGGAACUGCUUUCACUCACUCUAAAUCAUUUGGUCAUUCGGACCACACUAAAUUAUAAAGACAUAACAUUAAGAUAAAUCAUAAUCCACCAUGAGCUCAGCACUUUGUAGAAUGUUUAAACAAAUAAGCUUAAACGCUUGUAUCAAAAGUACAUUGAAAUUUUAUUUACCUUCAUUACUUGUUUUGAUUUUUUUUUUACGACUAUUUGAGUAACAGGAGAUGAGUGGGCUAAUGCAGGGCCCACUUGCCCUACAAAAGUACAUGGCUGUACUGUAGGAAAGGUCAAUUUAUGUUGGAUUAAAUUAGACUGGAUAAUGGAGUAAACAAGGCCUAUCAAAGAGUAUCAAUUUAUGAUGUCUGCUCAAAUUAUACAGAGAUGAGAAGCACUGAACACAGUCCAGGAUUUUGUGUAGAGCAGAAAAAUCAUCCAUAAAGGAGUUGGUGUUUCCUCUGGGAGAGAGAAAGAACAAGGAUCGGGGUAACUUACCUUUAAAUGUCCAAACAGCAACCCGCUGUAGGAGAUUUGAUUCACUCUGCCCCUAAAAAAAAAAAAAAGAAAAAUUACAUAUACUGGCAUUGUCUGGCAUAUGCACCAGUUUUAACGAAGUCAAAGCUCUCAUUUCCCCCCUCAGAUGAACUCUCAGCUCGGUCCAUACGCCCUCUGGGUCCUGCUGCUCCUCUGCAUCCCUGCUGCACACCCAGCAAAGUGUCCACAGCAGUGUGUGUGUGACCAGAUCCAGCUCACUGUGACCUGUGUCAACAAGAACCUGACUGAAGUUCCUCCCACCGUUGAUGAGGUUUUUUUUCAUCAGAUCCAGCAUUACUGUGGUGUGACUAGCUCCUGUUUUAUCUCAGCUAAACUGUGACCCUUCUUCUGGAUAGAUUACUGUGAAAUUAGAUCUUCGAGGGAACGACAUCCAGGACCUUCCUACUGGUGCUUUCAAACAUACUCCCUACCUGACCCACCUGUCGCUGCAGCGCUGCAACAUUCGCAGGGUGAAGGAGGGCGCUUUCCGAGGCCUUGGUCGUCUGGUCUUUCUUAACCUGGCCAAUAACAACAUUGAGAUCCUCUACCAGGUUUUCACACUCAUCCACCCCACAGCUGAUCUUACCAGAAUCUAUUUUUAUGAACAGCCUCCUAAACUCUGAGGGUUUUGUCUGCUCCUCUGUUUUUGGUCUAGGAGUCAUUUGACGGUCUGUCCUCGCUGAAGCAGCUCAUGGUCGACCGUAACCGCGUGGAGGAGAUCCAGCCCGGGGCUUUCACUCAGCUUGGCUUCCUCAACCUGCUUUCCCUAACACACAACCAGCUGGUCUACAUCCCCAACAUGGCCUUCCAGGUACACAAACAACCUUCACAAAGCACCCCAAACUGAAAAGAUGUGAUUGUUGGUACACAAACCAAACAGUCCACCUCUGUCCUCUCAGGGCCUCCAGAACAUUAAAUGGCUUCGUCUCAGCCACAACUCUCUGAACUACCUGGACACUGAGGCUUUUGCGGGUUUGUUCACACUGAACCGUCUCAGUCUGGACCACAAUGAACUGCAGUUCUUCCCUUCUGAGACCAUGACAAGGUGUGUUUUUGUCUCCCUUGAGGCACUGGAAACAUCUGGUCUCUAUUUUUCCUGCAUACAUAUUCAAUUAUCAUGUAUUAAUGGAAAAUAGCUUCUAAUUUAGGGAUUACUAGUUGUGACACUUAAAGUAAAGAAGACUUAAAGCCAGGAGUCUUGUUACUAGGUCUCAUUGGUCAUCCCUAUUUUCCCAGGGUACUUUUCACCAAAACUUCAUGAUGUUGACUGUCUAUUGUUUCUAUAGACAUUAAACAAAAACUACAAAAAGAGAGAUGUAUCAGCAGAUUAAAUUAAAUAGUGAAGAUAAAUACAAGCUUUGUCCAAAUGAACCAUUUGGGCUGUGUUGCAACAAGCUCCUUUUUGCACAAUUCCUUUUUUUUAGCACUUUCAGCUGAUACUCAGGACAAUGCUUACACAUCUUCUUGAAUCCUUAAUUUAUAUGUUCCUAUCAGGGAUGCUGGGCCCCCUGAGAAAAGUAUCACACCAAGAACCACUUUACAACUCAAUUUCCCACUGUAAACCACCAACCAGAGAUUGGGACUUGAGUUUGAGACUUGUAAUUAAGUCAUACACUAAAGUGACUUCAGACUUGACUUGGGAUUGUCCCUUAGAGAUUUAAGACUCAACUCGGUUCAAGUUUUUUAACUUGUGGACGAUGUUUUAUUUCAUAUUUUUGUCUCAGUAACUUUACAAGCUCAAUAUUAUUCCCUCUUAUCACACCUAAUCUGAGGUGAUACAUAAGAGAGGGGGAAACAGAGACGUGGUCAGUCCCUCCUUUUAAUGCAGACUAAUGAUUUGAGUCAGUGUCUCAUGUUAACUUGAAGUGGAGUACUUCCACAGUAUGAUAAGAGUGGUUUUAAUACCGUCCCUGACCCUUGCAUGGCGUGAUAAACCUGGUGUUUUGAUCUUCACUUUUCUGAACUUCCUCCUCUUGAUAUCCAGACUGCCUGAGGUGACCCGUCUAGAUCUGAGCUACAACCCUAUGACCUACCUUGGAGAAGAGGUGGUGUCCAUGGCUAAACUGACGCACCUCUUCCUGGACCACAUGUCUCUUCAGGACCUGGCCAACACAGCUGUAUCCAAGUCCCCCAACCUCAUCCACCUGGACAUCAGCUACAACCAGCUGCGUGUCAUCCAGCCCUUCUCUGAGGGUUCACCAAAUCUAGCACGCCUAAACCUGGCUGGGAAUCCAGUUAUCUGUAACUGCUACCUGCGUCCACUCCGGUACAUUCGCCACUUUUGAUUUGAGAAAAUGUUGACACCCUGGCCAUGGUGCCUAAUUAAGCAGUAUCUAAAUGUUCUCGAUUUGCCAUCACUGCAGGGAGUGGGCAAUUCGCAGCAAGGUGAAGCUGAUGGGGACAUGUGGAGGUCCGGCCCAUCUCUCAGGGGAGAACCUGGAGGCGGUUCACCCUCCUGAGAUGCGCUGUCAGAGCCAAGAGGCCAUGCUGAAGGCGGAGUUUGAGGAGGCAACCAGGAAUGCGCCUCCGCCUACUGAGGCGCCGGAGAGCAAGGUCAAGUGUCCCACCAACUGCGUCUGCGAGGUAAGUAACAGAGGGGAUUCGAUGUUGUUUUGCAUGAACACGAAUCUACCAGGAUUUUAGAAAACUGGGGACUAAAGGACAACUUUAUUGGUGGGAGAGCUAAGUGUGUAUAGAUGUCUCAUAAAGGACAAUGAAAGUAAACAUCAUUCAUUCAUGCUGGUACUGUCUAGGAUGACCAUAUUCUGACUUCCCAAAAAGAGGACACGACUACGCAGGGUGGAGUCAUGGAGUUGCAUGAAAGUAAUUUUAGAGUUUUUCGGGUCAGAUCAAGUGUCUUUAACAAGCUUGUAACUCAGUAAGUCCAUGUGACACAAACUCGAAACUUAUGUACAAAACCGUGGACAUUUGAAGGAUUUUAUAAACUUCCCUGGACAAACCCAGACAGGCCCCAAAAAAGAGGACAUGUCUGGAUAAAACAGGACAUAUGGUCACCCUAGUACUGUCUGUCUUUGUCCUGUCUGUCUCCUUCACUCCAUCACCUUCCUGUCCUCAGGCUGAGACGCACCACUCCUCAUGUGAGAACCGCGGUCACACUAAAGUUCCCAAAGGUUUCUCCCCCACUACCCGUCUCCUCGACCUGCGUGGAAACCACUUCCACUACAUCCCCAGCAACAGCUUCCCCGGGGUCGCCCAGGUGGUGUCUCUACAUCUGCAGCGCUGCAAGAUCGCGGAGGUGGAGGGUGGAGCUUUCAAUGGGAUGAAGGGGCUGAUCUACCUUUACCUCUCUGAGAAUGACCUCACCUCCCUCAGCCCUGAUGUCUUCAAAGGUUUUAUUGAUACAGUAGAAAAGCUCCUUGUUUGAGUAUCAUGACCUGUUUGAUUUGAUUUUAAAUAAUCCAUGUCUGCAGGCCUUCCUCAGCUGACUUACCUCCACCUGGAGAGGAACCGCCUCACCAGUUUCCCCAGAGGAGCCUUCAAACUGGUGCCAAGUCUGCUGGCACUUCACCUGGAGAAUAACACCAUCACCAAACUUGAGGCAGACAUCUUGACUGGAGCAGAGAGUCUCCGAGCGCUCUACCUCACUGGCAACGCCAUCAAUCAGGUGUCACCAAGAGCUCUAGACCAGGCCAGUGACCUCGAUACGCUCCACUUGGGCGGAAACAAACUGACGGAGGUGCCAACUGAGGUUCUGAGUAAGACGGGGAACCUCAGAGACCUGAGGCUGUCAGGAAAUACUAUUCGCUGGGUUGGACCCAAUGCUUUCCGACCUUUGGCGGGGUCCCUGAAGGAGCUUUAUCUGGAUAACAUGGGACUGGAGAAGGUCAGAGAAUAUCAAACUCUAAUUUCAUCUGAUCAGCUUAGUAAAUUUUAUCAAAUCAAAUGAAUCCUUUCACUGGUAUGAUCACUCCCUCUUCAGAUGUCACAGAGCUCACUGGCAGGUCUGGGUUCUGGCCUCAGGAGUCUUUUCCUGGAGGGCAAUCAGCUGGAGGAGGUGCCUAACCUUCAACCUUUCACCUCCCUGGAGGUGAUCAACCUGGCCGACAACCCUCUGAUGUGUGACUGCCCUCUGCUGCCACUUCGCCUGUAAGUACACCUUCAAAAAUGAUCAAAUAUGUAAUUAUUUUGAGUCGAAUACAUUAAAAUGGUUAAAAAUUACCCAUAUAUUUAGUUUGAGGUAAUUUUGCAGACUUAAAUUUGUAGUCUUUGUUUAUAUCUCUAACUAGGGACAAACAUGACUAUAAACAUAAAAAAGCCCCCAAAAUAUGAGUGUUGUGUUUCUAUAAUGGAGAAUUAGGACCACAUUAAGAAAGAAAAAAUUAAGACUUUGAGUUUAGAGUUAUUAAUUUACAAGAAUAAAGUCGUAAUAUAAUCAUUAUGAUACUUGUGAUAAUGUGGUGCUGAUGUGCCAAAGAUGAAGUAUCUCCUUGUUUAAGAAACCUAUUAUGAAGUACAUUUUCACGAAAUGCUACAUGGCUCUCAUUUCAAGAUCGUCUUAAACAGCAGGUAAGAAAAUAAGGACUUUAUUCUUACUUUACCCUCAUAAGUGAUUACUUUACUAUAACUUUAUUCUCGUAAAUAAUGAUUAAUUGCAACUUUAUCCUUGUAAGCAAUUACGUUAUUACAACUUUAUUCUUGUUAGUAAUCACUUUAUUCUCGCAAGUUAAUGACUUUAAUCGCGAAGUCUUGUUUUUUUUUUUUUUAUUAUUUGUCGUAGUGUUUCAGAUUACUUAAAUUUGCAGUUUUAAGGCUAAAUUUACACCAUUGACUUGAACCUUGUUUGAGGGUGAGGCUGCUUCAGUUACAGACAUCAAGUGAUUUAAAUUUUAAAAUCCUCACAGUACUAAAGACAUUUUUUUCCUUCAUCUAGAUGGAUUGAGAAAGUUAACCUAAAGGUGCGAGCCACCUGUGCAAAUCCUCCCGAGUUAAAGGGCCGCAGGGUCAAGGAUGUCCACGUCUUCAAAGCCUGUCCAGGUGGCGAGAGCCUCCCCUCUGCCCCCGCUGUCACCCCCAAACCUGCAAAAGCACCCAAGGCGACCAAACCCAAACCGAUGCACCUCAAUGGUAUCCGGCAGGUCAAAAUGAUGAAAGCCAAAUCCAAAACUCGCAAGACUCCCAACACAAAACCAGCAGCAGCAGCCAAGAAAAACACCAAGAGACGCAGCAUGGCCUGA